AUGUUAAUAUUUAUUAAAUGUUUUGCAGAAGUCAGGAACAUUAGCAUCAACAAUCCUACUGUCACUCCAGAGACAACCUUGGCUGAGGCUGUCCGCAUUGAUCCCUGCUACAACUACACAGCCCUAGAUGAGCCUUGGAGAGCAACCAACUAUCACUAUUCAUACAAUUGUGAUGCUAAUGUUAAUUUUGUUGGCUGGUAUCGUCUCCUCAUUGAGGGUCAAAAUGCUCAGAUGCCAGAAACAUGUGCUGAUCAGUUCAGCUGUGGCACUGUUGCUCCACUGUGGCUUAAUGGUCAACACCCAAGAGUUGAGGACGGGGUUGUCACCCGACAUGUCUGCGGCCACUGGAACAAUGACUGCUGCAAUUAUGAAUUUAAUCCAAUGAAAGUGAAAGCCUGCCCUGGCAAUUAUUAUGUAUAUGAGUUCAUCAACCCAGUGUUCUGCUUUGUGGCAUACUGUGCAGAUGUUGUGAGGAAUAAUACCAUCAUCAGUACAACUGUCACGCCACAGACCACCCCAACUGCAACAACUCCCAGCUCUGACCCAUGCUCUGGUUAUAAUAUUCUUGAUGAUCAGUGGAGAGACUUGCAUCAGACCUACAAUUACUAUGGCCAUGAUGACACUCUUGUUGAAUGGAAUGGCUGGUAUCGACUGUAUUUGAAUGGAAAAACUGCUCAGAUGUCUGAGUGGUGUGUGAGUACCACAGGAUGUGGUGGUGAUACUGGACUGUAUCUCAAUGGUUCUCAUCCCCGUCUUGAGGAUGGGGUGGUGACCCGUGAAGUCUCGGGAACUUUGUCGUUAGGAUCGUGGUGGUGGUGGCGGUGGAACUCCUUUCAAUGUGGCUACUAUACAUCCACCUCCAUCCAAGUCAAAGCAUGUGCAGGAGAUUAUUACGUCUAUAAACUCACCAAACCCGAUGUGUCAAUCCCUCGGCCUACGUACUGUGCAGUUGCUUUCAACAACAUCAGCAAUGAUCCUUGUUCCAACUAUAAAUCUCUGGAUCGUCCCUGGAGAGCCACGAAUGAAAGUGGAUUGUGGAUUUGUGAUGAAAACUUCUCCUGGAGCGGCUGGUACAGGCUUUUCUACAAUGGAAUGAACAUCCGCAUGCCAGAGAGCUGUGUUAGAGCAUACAGCUGUAACACAGAUAAAAGUCUGUGGCUCAAUGGUCCUCACCCUCAGAUAGAAGAUGGAGUGGUGACCAGGGAGGUCUGUGGAAGCACAUGGAAUGGCUGCUGCAAUUUCAAAUCAAUACCCAUCAGAGUCAAAGCUUGUCCGGAAGAUUACUAUGUCUAUGAAUUUGUAAGGGCACCUUCACACUUUUGUUCAGGCUACUGCACAGAUGACAGCACUAUAUCAAGGGAUUUUACCUCUACAAGUCCAGCUACAAUUAUUGGAUCCAGCAUGAAUGCUAUCAACACAGAUCAUGACCCAUGUUACACCUACAACAUUCUUGACAACAACUGGAGAAGCACAUUUAAUUAUUGGUCUCAAUAUGGAUAUGAUGACACUUUAGUUGAAUGGCAUGGCUGGUAUCGUCUUUUCAUUAAUGGAUCGAGUGCUCAGAUGCCUGAGUGGUGUUUCAGUUAUAUGUCAUGUGGAGGUUAUAGUUCUCUGUGGCUUGAUGGCUCUCAUCCUCAGCUGGAAGAUGGAGUUGUUACUCGUGACGUCUACGGCUCUGUUAAUGACCAGUGCAAUUCCUACAGAUCUGACCCAAUCCAAGUCAAAGCCUGUCCUGGAAAUUACUAUGUCUACAAAUUUACAAGGCCAAAGCCAUUGAUCCCAGCCCCUGCUUAUUGUGCAGUUGUUUUCACCACUCCAAGUGCUGACCCUUGCUACAACUAUAACAGUCUGGAUGAACCCUGGAGAGCCACCACCAGCCCAUACGACAAUAAAUAUAAUCACUAUGGAAUAUGUGAUUAUAAUGCCAACUGGAAUGGUUGGUACAGGUUGCUCUACAAUGGUCAGAGUGCCCAGAUGCCAGAGUCAUGUGUUGGUUAUGGCAUGUGUGGCACUUAUCACCCACUGUGGCUCAACGGCCCUCACCCACAGCUAGAAGAUGGAGAGGUCACCAGGAAAGUCUGCAGUUCCACAUGGAACGACUGCUGUGGUUACAAGUCUCAUCCCAUACAAGUCAAAGCUUGUCCAGGAAACUAUUAUGUGUAUGAGUUUGUCAGGCCACUCUUCUGCUCUGCUUAUUGUGCAGAAAUUAGCACCACAAAUACUACAAGAUCAAGUAAUUCUUCAGUUCCUGGAACAUUUUAUCCAUUUGGACCUGAAGACACAGAGAAUGAUCGUUCUGAUGAUGGAAUUUCACCAGUGAUCUUCCUUCAGCAACAGUUCAUAUUUUUUGGACAGGCAUACAACCAAGUAUAUAUCAACAACAAUGGAUACUUGACAUUUGAUUGGCCGUGGUACAGCUACAUUCCAUACCAAUUCCCAGGUUAUGGUGGGAGAGACAUCAUUGCUCCAUUCUGGACAGACAUUGAUAAUCGUGGCAAUGGUGUCAUUUCGUAUAAUCAGUACACCUCUGGAAGUGUCCUUACAGACGCCACACAGGACAUUAACCAAUACUUCCCUGACCUGAGCUUUUCUGCUACGUGGGUCUUUGUUGCAACGUGGGACAGAGUAGCAUAUUACCCAUAUUCUGGAACCCAUAUUUGA